AUGAAUCAAAGAACACAAGAAAUAUAACUUAAAACUAACUAUCAUGAAAUUAGCUUACUUGCAGGAAGACCAAUCUAUGAGUAUGAAUUAGAGAUUAUAAACUCAACUCCAGAAUUAAUCCAAGCAGCUUUUAGAUAAUAUAGACCAUAAAUUUUAUAAUUGUUAACGAACUAUAUGAGUAUUGAUAAUAAAAUCUACUCGCCUAAAAUAAUUGAUGGAAUUGAAAAAACAAGAUCAAACCAUUUGGGAACUUUACAAAAUCAGGAAGAAGCUGAGUAAAUAGUAUCAAUUAAGUUUAUUAAUCGAUUAAGUGAGAAUCAUAUAAGCAAGAACUAAAUAAUAGCUAGAUUAAUAAAGUAAGUAGUGAGAAAUCAAUUCUAAAUGGUUUCUAUAGGAAAAACUGGGAGUAAAUUAUUUUGGAAUUCAAAAACUAUAAAAUAAUAAGAGAACAACUUAGAAAUUUGGCCAGGAGUCGAAUGCAUUUAUUAACCAAGUGCCUUUUAAAAUUUUAAGCCUAAACUAAUAAUCGAUUGUGCAUUUAAAAUUCUAAGAUACAGAACUGCCUUAGAGGAAUUAGACUCAUUAAAACCACAUACUGAAUUGAUUAUUGGUUAGAUUGUGAUGACGACCUAUAAUAAAAAAUUUUACUAAAUUUCUGGUUUAGAAAUAGGAAUGAAUCCCAAAUCAACAUUUCAAAAUUAAAAUGGCGAAGCUAUCACUUUUGAGAGUUAUUAUAGUACAAAGUAUAAUUAAAAAAUCAUUCCAAAUUAACCUUUAUUAAAAGCAAUUGUGACUGGAAAAAAGGAUGAAAGUCAAAAGGAGAUAUAUUUAAUUCCUUCUCUUUGCUAAAUGACUGGGUUGACUGAUGAAAUGAGAAAUAACUUCAAUGCAAUGAAAAAAAUAUCAGAAAUAACUAAACCAUCAGCUGACACUAGAAUGAGAACUGCAUAAGAUUUUAUUUAAUAACUUCAAGCCACAAAAAUUAUUAAUAAAAAGGAAAAUACCUCAAAGGAAGUUUUAAAAGAAUGGGGAUUAGAGAUUAAAAAAGACUGCAUUUAAGUCUAAGCUCAAAGGCUUGACCCUGGAAAUAUGUUGAUGGGCAGAGAUUUAAAAUUAAAUUUAAGAGAUAGCAAUACAAAUUUAGAAAGACAAACACAAACUUAAAUGUUUUACACCCCUCCAUAAAAACUGAUUACAGGAAUUAUUUACAAUUCAAAAUUUGGCUAAUAAAAUUUAAAAUCCUUUUUAUAACAUUUUAAAUCGGCUUGUUAGGAAUUUCAAUUUGAUGCGUUUUUAACACCAAAAGCCAAAGAGAUGUAAAAUGAUAAAGAAGAUGAAUUGUCACGACAAUUACGAGAUCUUAAGUUGGAGGCUGAUUAAAAUUAAUCACGAGUUAACUUUUUAAUAUUUUUGUUACCAGGUUAAAAGAAAAAGGCAAGGUUGUAUAAGGCUUGUAAAGUAAUCUCUAUGGCUACUUUUGGUUGUGCAUCUUAAGUAAUUGUCGAAAAAACCUUAUAAAGAAAUACAAGAUCAAUUGUAAAUAAGAUUUUAAUUUAAUUAAAUGCAAAGAUUGGAGGAACUCCAUGGGCAUUGGAUGGCAUGCCAGAUAUGUUUACAAAUUAACCUACAAUGAUUUGUGGAGUUGAUAUUUUUACAAAGGCUGGAAGAAAAAGUCAAUUAGCCUUUUGCAGCACUAUUAAUAGACAAUUUAGUAGGUAUUACUCUUAAGUAAUCACAUCUGGAGAGUUUUGUUCACACUUAUAAUUGUGCUUGAAGGCUGCCUUACUUGCAUUCAAAUAGGAAUUAUCAGUUUAUCCAAAAAAUGUGAUUAUAUAUAGGGAUGGAGUAGGAGACGGCUAAUAAGUAGCUGUAUUAGGAACAGAGUUACCGCAAUAUAAACAAGCUUUAAAAGAGUUAGAAUUAAAAGAUGUGUCAAUUACACUUGUAAUAUGUAACAAAAGAGUUUCUGCAAAAUUUUACUCAGGAGGUUAAGGUAGAGCAGAAAAUCCACCUCCCGGAACUGUCAUAGAUAAUAAAAUUAUUACAAAUGAAGAAGCCAUAAAGUUUUAUUUAAUAUCUCAAUUAAGCAGAUAAGGAACUGUAACCCCAACUCUUUAUAAGGUUCUUUAUUCAGAUUUGCAGGGCAUUGAAUAAACUAUUAAAAUUUUGACUUUCAAAUUGUGCUGGUUGUAUUAUAACUUUACCGGAUCAAUCAAAAUACCAGCACCAGUUCGUUAUGCACAUUGUCUCUGUAAUUUUAUUGGAGAUAAUUAUGAUGAUAGGGAUUAAAUGAAAUUCCUUCCGCAAUCAGAUUUAAUUCAUCAAAAAGUGCUAUUUUAUAUUUGA